GGCUCCACGUUCGAAAACGUUUUUACCAGACUUUGCAAAUUGAAAUUCCGGCAUCGUUCUUAUUAUAGAAUCGGCAACCUAUCUAUACUUAUCUACACUUUAUGACGUAAUGACAGCAUAAUCAUAUGAUUCUUUCAAAGCGCGCGUUCUUUUUCGGAUUAUGGAAAGCAACAAGAGAUGAUUGAAAUUUUGGAGAACUUCAGUCAUGGAGAACUUUGUCAGUUCACUUCAGUUUGGAGAACUUUGAUCACGAAAGAAUGGAGUGCGACGAUACGUGCCAUUACGAUCGGAAAAUUGUCUCCUUCAAAGACUUUGACAGAUUUAAACUGUCUGAAAGAAAAUACGAUGACGAUUCCUUCAAUAUAUAUACAGCAAGACUGAACGAUUUGCAAGAAGACAUAUUGCAUAGAGCGAAACUGAAAUGGAUCGGCCAUCCAUAUGUAGAGGUCUCAAGUCUGGCCUUAGAAAAUCUAGGAAAGUCAUAUAUUCUGAUAGGAAUACUUUAUAAGGAUCAAAAGCUGAAGCCUUCUAUAUUACGUGAUCUUAGCAAGGAAUUGCAACUAGAAGUUCAGUCGAAUAGCAACUAUGCAUCAACCGAGGAUAAUUUAUUUUUGGAGGACAAAACGUUGCGCAUAAAAUUAGUAGGGAAUCAUGUAAAUAUGCAAGAAAUAGUUACAGGACUUGUCUGUGCGGUAUUUGGUCAUGAAUUAGAAAAUGGAACGUUUUGGGUAGAGGAUUGGUGUUUUCCAGGAUAUUGUCCUAGACCUUCUAUGUCGAAUUCAUUGGUGGAAGAAGGGAAAAUCUUAUUAGUGUCUGGAUUAGACUUAGUUAAUAACGAAGAAGACCUUUGUUUAGAUUUGCUCUCAGAAUGGAUAACUGGAAUGGCAGGACGUAUCAAUGCUCAAAAGGAAGAAGCAGUAAUUGCUAGAGUUAUUAUCACUGGAAAUACCAUUCGUGGUACUGCAAAGAUGUAUAAUUAUAAAGGCUACCACGAAAUUAAAUCACACGACCAGCUAAAAAUCAAGGAAGACAUCAUGGCGAUGCACAAAUUAGAUGCUUUUCUCAGUAAUAUUCUUCAUUGCUGUUCCGUCAGUCUGAUGCCGGGAGAGUUUGAUCCCACUUGCUACCACAGUAUGCCACAGCAACCUUUCCAUCCAUGUACUCUGCCAAAAUCAGCCAGGUUCAAGAAUAUGCAUGGUGCGACUAAUCCGUGGAUUGGAAAUAUUGGUGGUCGUAUUGUAGCUGGUUCUUGCGGUGGGCCGAUCUUUGAUAUCAUGAAAGUGGCUGGAUUAUCCCAGCUGUCUCCACUAGAGUGGCUGGAGCGUACCUUAAUCUGGAGACAUUACGCACCAACCGGGCCUGACACGCUUUCAAUUCAUCCGUUCUUCAAGAAAGAUCCAUUUGUUAUGAAGGAGUGGCCAGACAUAUAUUUCGCCGGAAACAUGAAUGAAUACGAUACGAAAUUGAUUACAGGCGAUGAAGGGCAAACAGUGAGAUUGAUAAGCGUUCCUAAAUUUUUGGAGACAAAAACGGCGGUUCUAGUCAAUUUACAAGACCUUACGACACAGCCUAUUUCGUUUUGUGUUGAUUGACACAAUUUGUAUUAUAUACAAGAAAUAAUGCUUUAUUCUAUAAAAGAGAUGAUUUAAGCAAAGCAUUGAAGAACAAUGGCACACAAUUUCUACGUAAGGAGUAGGAGAAAUCGGUAAAAAAUUUUAAUAAAUUUUUUUCAAAUAUAUAGUUAAAUUUAUUUUA